AAUCCAUGCCAGGACCUAGCGGUCUCCAGAUUCUGAGGGUCAACCAGACAAACAAGAAGGCAUCUUUGGCAACACCAGGAAUUACAGUUAACAAGGGUUUACGCAAAAGUCGCAGACUCGAGUUAGUUGAGCAGGAGCCCAGAGCCAGCCAAAGGAAGAGGGACUACCAGACUCAUCACUACAGUCCUGAUAUGUUGUGGUGUGAGGACUGUAUGCAGGCCUACGACCCCUGCUGUCCUACUCACAAACUAUCAACAGUCAGUGAUAAGAUUGUCAUGUCGCGGGCCUGGGCCAGCGCUCCCAGCCAGGUUCAGAUAUUCAGAGUCCCAGAGGAUCUUCUCGAGCCAGAAGAUUCAAAUGUGGGUGUGCAAGCCAAACGCCAGAUACCCAAAUUUACCCAGUUUGGCCCAUUUGUUGGAGAGUUAGUUGAUUCCCUGGACAAUGUGACCAGGAAGUUUUUCCCUCUUAUGGUCA